AUGCCCCUGUGGUCUUGCCAUGCCCUCUCGAUACUCCUAUGCUUUCCCAUUGGUCUCCCUAUACUUUCGUACCCUGUACCCUCCCAUACGCACUCAAUACCCCUGUGGCCUCCCUAUACCCCCCACGGCUCCCUGUGUUUUCCUCAUACCCCCCAUGCCUUCCCUGCGCCCUUCCCCGGUGUCCUCCCCAUGCCUAAAAGGCCCCCCUCCAUACAGUCCGAACACCCUCGUCCCCUUCACCCUACCCCUAUGCCCCAGUGUCCCUAUACCCCUGUGCCCUUAUGCCUCUAUGCCCCUGUGCCUCUAUACCCCUGCGCCCCUGUGCCCCUGCGCCGCUCCCUCCCCCCGCGCCCCCCCCCCCCCACGCCACCCGAGGUCGAGGUCGUGUCAUCCGAGCGGGAGAGCGAACGUAGACCCGCUUUAUUGGACGAAGAUCCCGUGGCUUGA